AAGUUCUAAUGGCCCAGUGAAGAAGUCUAUGCGAGAGAAGGCAGUGGAACGCAGGAAUGUUAACAAGGAGCACAACAGUAACUUCAAAGCAGGAUACAUUCCAAUUGAUGAAGACCGUCUCCAUAAGACAGGGUUACGAGGCAGGAAGGGCAACUUGGCCAUAUGUGUGAUUGUUGUUCUUUUUAUUUUGGCCGUCAUCAAUCUGAUUAUUACUCUGGUUAUCUGGGCAGUGAUAAGAAUUGGUCCCAAUGGUUGUGACAGUAUGGAAUUCCAUGAGAGUGGCUUGUUGCGGUUUAAGCAGGUGUCUGACAUGGGUGUUAUACAUCCCUUAUAUAAAAGCACUGUAGGAGGGAGACGGAAUGAAGACUUGGUGAUCACUGGGAAUAAUCAGCCUAUUGUAUUUCAGCAAGGAACAACCAAGCUUAGCGUGGAAAAAGACAAAACUUCUAUUACCAGCGAUAUUGGCAUGGAAUUUGUUGACCCACGAACACAAAAUACUCUGUUCAGCACUGACUAUGAAACUCAUGAGUUUCAUCUGCCAAAUGGAGUUAAAAUCUUGAAUGUACAAAAAGCCUCUACAGAGAGGAUUACCAGCAAUGCAACCAGUGAUCUAAACAUAAAGGUUGAUGGUCGUGCCAUUGUCCGGGGAAAUGAAGGUGUUUUUAUCACAGGCAAGACAAUUGAGUUUCGGAUGGGUGGAAACAUGGAACUUAAAGCAGAAAACAGCAUCAUCCUGAACGGAACUGUGAUGGUCAGCCCAUCACGACUGCCAAGUUCUUCUUAUGGGGAGCAGUUCAAUAACGGCAACUGGCUGCGCUUCAAGCUCUGCAUGUGUGCGGACGGGACACUGUUCAAGGUUCAGGUGACAGGGCAUAACAUGGGCUGUCAGACCUCUGUCAACCCGUGUGGAGCCACACACUGAAACAGACUGCUGCUGGGACAGGUCUCAUUUGUGUUUACAUAGAUUUGUAUGAAGUAAUUGCAUGCCUUCAAGGGUUUCUUUUUUUACAGCAGUUUAUACUAACAUUUCUUACAUAGUAUUUUUAAGGAAGGGCUGUUAUGGUCAGCAGGAUUAGGUCAUCAUCCUGUUAGCUGCAGUAGUGGCACUGAAUCAGUAAGCUUUCAGUGUACAUGCAUACUGAAGUACCUUCUCAAAUUGGGAUCAGUAGAAUAUAUGUAAAGAACAUAAUCUUGGCAACAACUCUACCGCCUGCACUUGUCUCUGGAGGAGGUUUUUGUCCUGUGUCCCAAGAUAUUGAAGACUGCUGAAAACACAACUGCAGUCUGAAGUAUUUCAAAGGAAUGUCAACUUUUUUUUGGAAAUAGAUUUUCCUAAGACAGCUGAAGUGGCAGACUUUUCUUUCUUGUUGAUACAUUGAUUUACUGCAAACUUAGGUGGUUUACCAGACGUGUACUGAGA